CAGUGACUAAGAGGUGAAUCUAGUUUUGUUGGAUGCUCAGGCCUGAGGUAGCUCAACGUUCAGGGCUGUUGCUUAGUGACGGACCCGAUGCAUUUCGGGAAACCAAGAUGGCGACGCCUAUGCACAGACUGAUCGCUCGCAGACAAGCAGAAGCUAAUAAACAGCACGUUCGAUGUCAGAAAUGUUUAGAAUAUGGCCAUUGGACCUAUGAGUGCACUGGAAAACGGAAGUAUCUGCACAGACCCUCAAGAACAGUGCAAUUAAAGAAGACUUUGAAAGAAAAACAAAAUAAACUUGCAUUGCCACCAAGUGGACAAGGAAUUAUAGAAAACAAGAUGAAGAAGAAAAGGACUCAUCUUGAAGCUGCCCAGUUGUUAUUCUUUCCAAGUUUUGGAGCAGCCCUGUCUCUGUUUUGCCAUGUAGCUGAUUCUUUUCUGCCAAACUGUGUUGCUGCAUGCUUCGACAAGUAAGAAGGUGUGUUUUUGCAAGAUCCAUUUUCUUUAUUCUUUGCAAUUUAGACAUGAGAAUGCUGUCACCAGCAGCUAAAUUAUGAAGAGGCAUGAAAUGUCUUGUCGUUGGUGUGAUUUGAACCAUUACCGUCUCGUGACCUGAAAACUGAAAGCUUGUGUAUAUAAUUGUUAUAUGGAGAUAUUGUAUUUUAAAUUUGCUUUUGUGAAUUUAUGCAUUGAGAAUUUUAAUUCUCUUUCUCUAAGAGACUUCCUCUUGCAUGUUACGAUACCUUGGCUACAGCAAUCUUCUGCAAACUUGAGAAAUUUAACUUUAAUGCCCUGUUAAGCCUGAACUGUGACUGUUCACAGGUUUUAAAAUUGUGUAAUGGGAGACGGUAGACAACACAGCCCAGUCUUAUUGUCCUUGAGCAACAUUUCUAUUGGGUCCAUUGACAUGACCCCACAUCUUGCUUGUGUCAUCCAACUCAACACAAGCAAACAAUUGACCACAAGAUCCUUCUAAUUUUAAAGUGCUUCAUUUCACAGUGUUAUGAAUUUAUUGAUGCAUUCAAGCACUGUAUGAAAGCAAACUUUAAAAUGGUUUCUCUUUGCUUUAGUUUUUGGUGAUUAUAGGCCCUUUUUUUAAAAUCAUUGUAUAUUAUGCUUGUAUUAACUUUCUAUGGAGGGACAGCCUAUAACUUAUUUAAAGCACUCUGCAGUAAAAACUCAUCAACAUUGGCUGUUUUUCUCGUAUGUUACACAGUUUGUCUAAAUCAGAUUUUCAUAUUUAUAUAAAUCUUUUAAAAAGUGUUUCCAGUAUUUUAGUAUGAUGUGGGUAAACAUUCUAAAACCAAUUGUUACUUCUGUGACUGAAUUAAUUAAAAUUUAUUUCCUUUUCUGCUUUUAAAUAAAAACAUUACAACUAUGAA